AUGACAUGGAUAUCGCAAUCAGUGACGGUCGUAGGACUAAUCAUCCUCACACAUGCAUGCUACUCAGCGCAGGAGCAUGCGGCUCUCUCCGCAGCACUCGCGAAGCACGCUCUAUCGCACCAACAGGCGAAUAGCUCCCUACCAAUCGACAUAUCAAUAGAGGCGAUUAUAGCGACAUUCAUUGUAUGCACUGGGCUUGUAUUGGGCUCGCAGGCACUGCGCCCAAUACAGUGGAAUGUCUGGGGAGGAAAACUCGAACGAGAAGGUGAUACUGGGUUCCUAGACGGAUCUGGCGAAGUUGACAAAGAUUUUCGUGGAAGUCCAUUCAUCUUUCUCCAGAGUCGACCAGGAUUCACAAAUAUUCGCAAGCAACGACGUGAAUUCACAGCAUGGGUCAAGGCGGACGCAAACUAG